CCAUUGCGGAAGUUCCCGCAUAGCCACCGCCGCCGCAGGAAAAGUCGAAGCUUCAUCUGGAAACGAAGCCGAACGAGAGCCGAGAGGCGCAAUCGAUGCUCUCUGAGAUCGAUUUGCGCGCGCUUACCCGGAAGCGGCGGAACUCUCGGAAAGCGAUCGUCGCUACGGAGCGAAGGCUGUCGCUACGGAGCUGGAGACAGCUGCGAUGAUGGCUGCGGAGAGUCCGUGCUAUCCGAUGACAUCAAUCGAGGAUGAUUUCAAUUAUGGCAGCAAUGUGGCCUCAGCCAGCGUCCACAUCCGCAUGGCUUUUCUACGCAAAGUCUACAGCAUACUUUCAGUUCAAAUUCUCUUGACCACAGUGACUUCGGCAGCUUUUCUGUACUCCAGCACAAUUCGGACAUUUGUACAUGAAAGCCCCGCAUUAAUUCUGGUAUCCUUGCUUGGCUCUUUGGUUGUGAUUGUGGCAUUAACUCUAUAUAGACAUCAGCAUCCAGUUAACUUAUAUCUUCUCUUUGGAUUUACCCUUCUGGAAGCCCUGACUGUUGCAAUAACAGUGACUUUCUAUGAAGUAUCUGUUGUCCUACAAGCCUUUAUUCUGACUUCAGCUGUGUUUCUAGCUCUCACUAUAUACACCUUGCAGUCCAAAAGGGAUUUCAGCAAAGUUGGAGCAGGGCUGUUUACAUGCUUAUGGAUUCUUCUCCUGUCAGGCUUUUUAAGGCUCUUCUUCUAUAGUGAAGUAGUAGAGGUGGUACUUGCUGCUGCAGGAGCGCUCCUGUUCUGUGGAUUUAUCAUCUAUGAUACUCAUCUACUAAUGCACAAGCUCUCCCCUGAAGAAUAUAUUUUGGCUGCAAUCAACCUCUAUUUGGACAUCAUCAAUCUGUUUCUGCAUUUGCUGCGUUUGCUAGAAGCAUUUAAUAAAAAGUAAUUGAGAGUUGUCAUCAAACUUGUAAUAUUAUUUGGACAUGGCAUCUAAAGAGUUAAAUUAAGACCUAGAAAUCUGUAUUGAGCUUUGAGAUUGAAGCUUGUUUUUACAAUAUGUGGUUAUUCAGUGUUUUCUGUAUAAAGGGUUUUUAGAGAGCUGAUACUUAUGAUUCUAUUCUGAGAUCAGUUAAUUACAUAUUGCAGUCAUCUUGGCUGUUUGGUAAAGAUUUCAUUCCCUCAGUUUGCAUAUUAUUAUUGAUUUGAAAGACUUGCUCAUCAACCUCCAUUUGUGCCAAUAAGCACUAUUAAAAUUCUAUUUUAUUUCUGCAAUAAUUGCCACAGAUGUGUCCUUUGAGAUUCAGAAUUGUCAUUGGCUGGAUAGCAUAAAAUUAAGACUCCUUAAUGUGGCUGUUGCACACUGAAGCCUUAACUGAGAUAGAACUCUGUUAUUCAUGGUCACUUUUGAAAGCUUCCGUUACUAGCAUUUUGAUGGAAGGAAUUAUCCCAAAACUCUGCUUCCUCUAUCUAAAGGGUCUGAAUAUACUUCCAGUUAAUUACAAUCAAAAAUCUGUAUUCGCAAAUAUAUUGCCAUAUUUUGGAAGAAAUAACUUUCAUGCAGUAUAUUUGCUUUUCUUUGGGUUCCUUUUGUCCUAGGCAACAGUUUGCAAGGGCCUGUAUCGAGCUACUUUGUUCCAGGAUAGUGACACCUUAAAGAGUGCAAAACAUACACCAUAUUGUCAUGCUUCUGAUCCUUUUGGGGUGCUGGAAGAGCUUGAACUACCAUUGAACCCCCUCUCAAAGCUUCUUCAUUAGUGGAUAAGGGGUAAAAAAAAUUCUGUACAUAGUGUGUUUAUUGAUGGUGUUUGUAUUGGUCUUGUACUGGGAAGUGCUGGCAGAACAGGAGAGACACUUACAUUCCAUUUGCUCUUCUAUUAGAAUCUUAUUAAGAACUUAUGAAAAUAAAUUUUAUGAAAUGUUAA